AGACAUGCCAGGGAAUCCUCGAUUUCUGUUCGCUAGGGCAUGGGGCACUUCGCGAUAUAGGGGUUCUGCUUGAGGGACCGGUCGGCAGAGCCUGGUUCCUCAGAGAGCGCUUCAUGCGCCAGACGAUGGGCAACUUCGAUCAUGACGUUCCCUUAUUGCCUCUACUAGAGAUACAGUCCGCAGGGGAUCUUACGUCCCGAAAGACGGAGGACCUUAUGUUAGGCAUUGAUGCAGUCCUUUUUCUGGAGGAGGGGGAUUACGCGACAUAUCGCCAUACGUACCUAAUGCCUCCGCUGUCAGGUGUCCGUAUCCCAAGGAGGAGAGCUGCUGACAUGCCUUCCUCGAGUUGCGCCCGGACUGGAGGCAUUCCUUUGACCAACGAGGCAACUCAUCGAGGGGCGGGACUGGAUGGAUGCCCUCGACUUGCCAGUAUGUUGGAUGGCCAGACCUUCCGACCGGGCUGACAGGCUGGGAGUAUAGGACACCAUACCUGAUUCCACUGGAGCCUCCACGGCCAGAUCACCGAUACCCUCCCAGAGAGUACAUUGAAGGGUUACUCGGAGUGGUGGCUUCACUCGAGGGCAUGGUUCUGCGGAGGGAGACGAUGCUUUGUGCCUCCGGUGUUCAGGUCCCACCUUUGUGGACUGGGCCAUCUAGGCCUUCUCGAGCAGCUAAGAGAGGAGUCUCAGCGCGUGGCCGAGGGGGACGCAAGGCACCUAUCAGUCAGGAUGACCAGGAGUCUAGUGAGGAGGAGGAGUCGGCACAUCCUCAGUCUGAGACAUCUACAGGCAGGGAUGAAGACUCAGGUUUUGGUUCGGAGGACGGAGGCGACACUAAGGAGGCUUCCGAGGGUGGUGACUCCGAUUCAGACAGAGAUGCUGACGAUGGUGGCGCAGAGACUGCUCAGCCGAAGAGGGUGAAGAGGGCCUCUCGGUCUUAAGCUUGUUAGCAUUGAUGCAGACGUUCCUACUUUAUUUUUCUUUUUACAUGUAGUUGUAGCACAUUGUACAGCUUAGGCAGUUUUAUUUUUCUUCCAAAACUUGUACCCUUUUGUAAAAUGUUGUAAAAAGAAGCUAUGAUGGAAUGA